AUGGCAACCGACAUCAAGCAGAGCGACAGCUCAAAGCCAUCUAAAAAGCUGGCCUUUCAACCCAAAUCACAGCACACCUCGGAUGAAUUCCUGCAAGACUUUUUGAACCCCUCCUUCGAUCCCAUCUCAUACAUCAACGCCAACCUACCGCCGCUGGCACAAAAAUCACCGGUGCCCACGUCGAACCCCAAUGCCGUGCCUCUUGCAGAGCUCGCCACGCAGUCCCAGACGCUGCUCACACAGCUGGACGCUCACACAACCAGGCUCUCGGACACGUUGACGCGGAUUACGGAUGACAUUCUCCGUAGCGGGAGCAGGAUGUCGUAUGAGGUGGAGAUGCUGCGGGGAGAGGCGCUGAGCUUGGAGGAACUGCUGUUUGAGAAGCUCGCGGAAGAGAUCAAGCUGUUCGUGCCGGGAGGGCUGAAGAAGGAGGGCGAAGCCAAGGAAGAGGGUGAGAAGAAGCAGCAGGUUGAAGAAGAGAAGCAGAAGGAAAGGGAGGAUUCUGUGGCAGAAGGCGGGAAAGAGGCGGAAGCAAAGGUAGCGUCAAAAGCUGAGGCUGGUGCUGGUUCUGGUGCAGUAGGAGAAGAGCCGGAUUCUAUCAAACAGCUACGCACACUCACGCUUGUGCGCGAGCGCUUGGAUUCCGUCAUCAAGACAUUCGGCGAUGCCAUGGAAUUCACCUUUCCACCUUCAGAAGUAUCCGUCAGCUCCGGGUUCUUAUCCGUCUCCGCGCCAGAGCCUGGAUCGGAACUUCAAAGCUCAGAGGAAAGGGGCCAACAAGUUCUGAAGAAGCUACGGGAAGAAAUUUCAUCUCUGCUCAACAAUAAGGACGAUCCUGUUUCUGGAAUCGAAAAGGCUGCAGAGAGGAUCGAGAAGCUCAAGGAGCUCACAACGGUGUGGACGGGCACUGCAGAGGAGAAGGGCAGGAUGAAAUUCAUUGAGAGUCUGGCCAAGAUGGUGGAGGACAGGCACCGCGAACUGCUGAAGGAAAUGGAUGUGAAGAAGGGCGAGGUUAUUCUUGUGAGGGGUGAGGCCAACGCUGGUGUGUCAGCGAGAGAGGCCGUGGCUGGAGAAAAGGCAUUGCCUGCUGGAUUUGGGCUGAUGAGCCAGUUGCAGAAGCUCCGUGGCGGAUUGUGA